AUGACCCCACCGUUCCCUGCAGCCACCCAGCCACCCGGGCCUGUCACCCCAGCGGGAUAUGGCGGGUACCAGCUCCACUCUAGCCAGCCCCAGGAGCCCGCCCUGGCACCCACCAUGGCCUCCUCCUACCAGGACAGUUACCGCUACGGACCGUCGGCAGGUGCCAGUAGCUACGGUAGCUACGAGGACGGACAGUGUCACUUGCCUGCCUCCAGCCAGCCGCAGCUCCCAGCCACCGCCACGCUCUGCCAGCCAGGGACUAAAGGAACUUCCAUCCAGCCCAGCGGAGGGGACAGCCAAGCCCUACAACCAGCGGCCAUGGCCAAGGCAGGGCAGCCACCCGGCACCCUGGCCUCGAGCUGCAUGGAGAACUACACCUACCCGCUGGCGACCAGCACUCUGCCCGAGUCCUCUGUCUCUGCCCUGCCUUCCUACACCCCGACCUCCUACAGCCCCACCUCUGCCCCGGACACAGGACCAAGCUACCUGGGCUAUGAAGCAGCGGUGCACUCGGCGGCUGGUCCUCACUGCCCCCCACUGCCACCCCUCCCAUUCCCGGAGCCCCCAGGCUCCCUGUGGGGCGGCUCAGGGAGCAGUCCCAGUGCCAGUUCUGCCGGCAGCUUCUCUGGGAAGCUACUGGCUCCCCCCAAACUGCCGAAACCUAAGGGCGGCCCCAGGGAGCCCCCGCUUCACUACUGUGACAUCUGCAAGAUCAGCUGCGCUGGUCCUCAGACUUACCGCGAGCACCUGGAGGGACAGAAGCACAAAAAGAGAGAGGCGGCCCAGAAGGCGGGCACGCAGCCCAACGGCAUCCCGUGCGGGGUGCAGGCACAGCUGCGCUGCAGCCUCUGUGCCGUGUCAUGCACGGGGGCAGAAGCCUACGCUGCUCACAUCCGGGGGGCCAGGCACCAGAAGGUCCUCAAGCUGCACACUCAGCUGGGGAAGCCCAUCCCUGCCAUAGAACCAGUGCCAGGGGACUCCAGCUCGGCCCAGGCCACCUGUACCAGCAAGCCAGCCCCCCUCACCACGGAGAGUCCUUCCACGGCCUCUGCCAAGCCCACAGCCCCUGCUGGCCCCAGCAUGUGCACCCUGAGCAAGCCAGCAAUAGCCAAGAGACCAGCUUUGAAGGCCACGUGUGUGGGGCCUUCCAAGCCGCAGGCAGCAGGCAGCAGACCCCCAGUGGGCAAGCGGGCACACCCCAUACCAGACAGGCCUGGAAAUCCACCCACCCGAGGAGGCUCUGCAGAAGCUUCUGGAAGCUGUGAGGCGCAGCCAGUGGGCCCAGGCUACGUGGAAGAGGUGUGCAAUGAGGAAGGCAAGGUGAUCCGGUUCCACUGCAGGCUGUGUGAGUGCAGUUUUGGCGACCCCACGGCCAGGGACACACAUGUGCGGGGACGGCGACAUCGGCUGCAGUACAAGAAAAAAGUGAACCCCGACCUUCCGAUUGCACUGAAGCCCAGCCACAGAACCCAGAAGCUCCUGGAGGCCAGGCUGAGGAAGCAGAGGCAGCUGACCAAGAAGCGGCUUGAGGAGAUGCGACGCUGGCGCCACGAGCUGUGCAGGAGACGCCUGGAGGAGGGGCCCCAGGCCCAGGAUGAGCACCCUGGACCCCCAUCACCUGACCAGCACCCUCCUUCCCUCAAGAGCAGGCCAGGGGCGCCUGCCGGCUCAGCUCUGUCCACGUGGCGGGAGACCAGCGAUGACCGGCACAUCCUGUGUAAGCACGCCGCCAUCUACCCCACGGAGGAGGAGCUCCUGGCCGUCCAGAAGGCCGUCUCCCACUCGGAGCGCGCCCUCAAGCUGGUGUCUGACACGCUGGCCAAGGACAGCUCCCAGAGCCCGGAGCAUGCGGGUGGUGAGCACAGCGGCGGCUCCUCCUCAGCUCGGGUCCUGAAGGGCGUGAUGCGGGUUGGCCUCCUGGCAAAGGGCCUCCUCUUGCGGGGAGACAGGACGGUGCAGCUGACCCUGCUCUGCUCGCAGAAGCCCACUCGCGCCUUGCUGCGGAGAAUCUCGGAGCAGCUGCCCCGCCAGAUCCCGAUGGUGACAGAAGAUAAGUAUGAGGUCUCCUCUGACUCUGAAGACAGCGUCAUCAUUUCCUCCUGUGAGGAGCCCAGGAUGAAGGUCACUGUGUGUGUCACCUCGCCCCUGAUGCGGGAGGACUCCUCCGUGGACCAAGAAGGAGUGCAGGUGCCUCAGCCCAACCCCGACGACGUCCUGAGCCCAGAGAAGUGCCUGCAGUCACUGGCUGCCCUCCGCCACGCCAAGUGGUUCCAGGCUCGAGCCAGCGGCCUGCAGUCGUGUGUGAUCGUCCUCAGGGUCCUUCGUGACCUCUGCCAGCGUGUGCCCACGUGGGGCGCCCUGCCAGACUGGGCCCUGGAGCUGCUGGUGGAGAAGGCUCUGAGCAGCGCAUGUGGGCACCUGAGCCCUGGGGACGGCAUGAGGCGUGUCCUGGAGUGUGUGGCCUCGGGGACACUCCUGCCAGAUGGGCCUGGGCUCCAGGAUCCCUGCGAGAGAGACCAGAGGGACACCCUCGAGUCCAUGACCCCCCAGCAGCGCGAGGACCUCACGGCCACUGCCCAGCACGCCCUGCGCCUGUUGGCCUUCCGGCAGAUCCACACGAUCCUGGGCAUGGAGCCGCUGCCACCCCCCAGGAGCAGGCCAGGGCCGCGCUUCCGGAAGAGGCUGCGGGAGGAGGUUGUGGCCUCGGAGUGCGAAGUCCAGAGGAAGCAGGGCGGGCAGGGCAGAGAGGGACCUGCGUGAGCAGCCUCACCCCUGCGAGUGACAUGACACAUGUCCCCGCAGCCGGAGGACAGUCGUGUUUUCCUUUCCAGAAACGCUCCGUGGGUUUCUUUAAAAACAGUUGUGCUUAGA